CCUACUUGUACGUUCUGAUAACCUACUGAGAAGGCCGUUUGAGGUGUCCCGUGUGGGUUUGACUAUCUGUCUGCUGAAAUGGGAGGUCUUGGUGGGGGAGUAGAUACCUUGAGGUCACGAUGCGGGUGAGAAUGAAACGAAGGGGGUCACAGAUGCCGAAGGGUCGAAGGGGUUUAAGGGGAGAUAUGAGGUCGUUGUUUGGUGAAUCAUCUGGCGAUGGAUCAUGAUGGGUGACUGUAAUGGCCAAACCGUCGCAAAUAAGGCGAAGGAAAGGAGUUGAACUGAUAUGGUUGUGAGUCUUGAUGUUUCUUCACAUCACUUGCCCUCUCUAGGUUGGUCCGAUAACGGAUGGUUCCUCCGAUGUAGGUGAAUCAUAAGGUCGGCUAUUCUUCAUCACCUUGGGCAGAGACUGCUAGUAUAUCUUGAGAUGACCACGGCUGCAAUGCUAUAUCUGAUCGAUCGACUCCUGAGAGACAACCACAAUGUAUGCGCGCUCAUCGGAAGCAAUAUGGUCCCAUAGCGCAACAGGGUCUUUCUUGUGCGUCAUCAGCCAAGACCCUUUUCUGCCCCGCGCUUCCCUGUCGCCUCCGUUUGGAUUCCAGUCAAAGUCGCUUGACUUGGUUGACCAGACACAACUCUCCAAGAAGCUGAUGCGGAAUAUCCUCACCCGAUACCGAUACCCCGCACCCACCUUGUUCGCAUCCGCAUCCGCAUCCGCAACCGCAUCAGCAACCGCAUCACGCACUCGCGCUCUUCCUCUCAUCACCACCACCAACAACCUCACCAACCAGACCGUUACUGUCACCCCCCAGCAACGCACCUUCAAAAUGACCAUCCACAAAACCCAAGAACCGCACAUCACAGCCAUCACGGACCUCUCCCCGCAAUCCUCCAAAUGGAUCACCCUGCAACAGAUCCACUACGUCGACCAAACCGGCAAGCCGCGCCUCUGGGAAGUCGCGGCGCGCAAGACGCGUUCGACGCCGACUGCCUCUUCUGCGGGGGGCAUCGACGCCGUAGCCAUGUGCAACAUCCUGCUGCACCCUCGCCGCCCACCCUCGACCAUCCUCGUGAUCCAAUACCGUCCGCCUAUGGACGCUUAUACCGUUGAGUGGCCUGCAGGCCUCAUAGACCAGGGCGAAACGCCCGAGCAGGCGGCCGUCCGCGAGUUCAAGGAGGAAACGGGGUACGAUUGUGUGGUGAAGAAUGUCAGUCCCAUCCAGGCGGCGGAUCCGGGACUGAGUAAUACCAAUAUGGUGAUGGCUACGGUGGAGGUGAAUCUUGGGGAGGAGGAUGGGGAAGACCAAAUGCCGGAGCAGAAGACGGAGGUGGGGGAACAUAUCGAAAGGGUGGUGGUGCCGAUGGCGGAAUUGUAUGAGCGGUUGGUGGAGUAUAGUAAGAAGGAGAGACAUGUGGUGGCGGCGAAACUGUUUCAUUUUGCGAUGGGGAUGCAUUUUGCGACGACGGAGAGGUAUGGGGUUUUUGGCAAGAGGGAGUAG